UUGGGAAUCCUUUGGUGUCAAAGUGGUUCAAUGAAAGCGUUGGCUUUACCUUUUUUAUAUCGGAUGACAACACCGAUGUUGCUUAGAGCAAACGCAAAGGAAACGCCUACAUGAUGUCUAAUGACCCACUCCCACUCGCACGCACCCAUGUUCCUUCUCUUUUCUGGGUAUAAUUUCACAGUAAACAAACAAGAGAGAAGAGACUAUACGACUUACCAUUAGCCUUCAGUUGAAGCAAUUCAUUGUAGAGAGAGAAAGUAGAUCAUAAUGUGCUGUGGAGACGAUGAUUGCAGACCUCUGGGCUUUCUUCUGGGACUGCCCUUCGCCUUCCUUUCCCUCAUCAUCUCCGUCGUCGGAAUAGUCGUUUGGAUCGUCGGGUUGGUGCUGACGUGCAUAUGCCCAUGCUGUCUGUGUGUGACGGUGUUAGUGGAACUUGCUCUAGACCUUAUCAAAGCCCCAAUUCAUGUCAUCGAGUGGUUCACUUCUCAGAUCCCCUGUUAGAACCAACACUCUUUACUGUAUUUCACUUCCUUCCUUCUUAAUCUCUCUGUGUGUUCUAAUUAAUUAAUGGUAAUACUAUGAUUCCCUAGGCCGCUGUACAUUCAAUUUACAUAUAUUAGAGUUUUUCUUUUGCUA